AUGUCGAAUCAGCUAGUUGGUGAAGUUUACCAGCGCAUCAUACAGGAUGUUAUCGACACCAGUGUUAUCGAUUUCGAGGAAGCUGGCGUUAAUGCAUCGACCUUGGAAGAGUUGAAGCAGGUCUGGCAGCAGAGACUUUCGGACCUUCAUGUUGCUCAUUUCCCAUGGGACCCUGCACCACCAGAGACUGUUGCACCCACACCGGCCCAGCCAGCCCCCACAUCCCCCACUAAAGCCCAACCGCAGCAACCGGGCAUCAAGCAAGAGGCUAAUGCUCAAAAUUCCGCCGGUAUAAUGGGCCAGAACACUGGCGGCGUUCGUAUUAAGCCCGAACCUGGCUUAGACCCGCAAGGAGUCUAUGGCCCCCCCGUCACUCCAGGCAACCCAACACAUAACCCCGCUCUCGCCGAACAGAGGGCGCGUCAAAAUGUUGCACAGAAGAUCAAUAUGAACCCGCAGGUGCGACCUAAUGGCGGUGGGUUGGUGUUACCAGCUCUUUCUCAGCAAAGACAACAGAACGGACAGAACGGGAUCCCGCAGCAUGAUGGCGCCGAUGAUGUACCAAUAGAGGGAUAUGGCAAUAUCAGUCGGGAUGAAGCGGACCGCAUAUUGCUUCGCAGGAUCGGAGCAGCGGAACGGGAGAGCGCUAAGGCUACCGAGGAGCUAACAAAUGCUCUGAAGGGUCUUAAAACAACUUCUUCAUCCAAGUCUUCUAAGAAACGUCGUCCAAGGAGACAAGAUGCGUACGAGGCUGCCCUUGAUGGCGCUAAUUCUUAUCCAUACCCAUCCACCUUACUUUCGUCCCAGACUCCUCGUCCUGUUGGCAUUUCGCAACUUGAUGGUGAUUCUGAUGAAGACAUUGCCGAUGAAGAUGCCAUUAAUUCGGAUCUUGACGAUCCCGAGGAUGAUGAAAUUGAUAACGAGGAUGAAGAUGAAGUUCCACAAAUCAUGCUGUGCAUGUACGAUAAAGUCCAAAGAACUAAGAACAAGUGGAAGUGUGUGCUUAAGGAUGGUGUUUUAACGAUUAAUGGGAAAGAAUAUGUUUUCCACAAGGCUAAUGGAGAGUACGAGUGGUAA